AUGUCGGGAACUAUUGCCCGCUGUUGUUGCGGUCUCAGUCUGAACGAGCACGCCCCAGAUGUCAAACUGGAGGCAUUGGCUCGUCUAGGAGCCUCGGGAUUUCGUGCACUGGUUGCAGGCGGUCCGAGUAUGACCACGCAUCGUAUUCCGACUGCAACAGAGCGCUGGCAGGUCAAAACACAUACACGUGAGGUGCCAACCAACGCGUAUGGGACAGUGGAGUUUCAAGGUGGCCCACAUCCAACCAGAGCACGAGUGAGUUGA